GUGCCUGGCCGUGGGCCUUCCUGGGCCUUGUGGAUUGGGGUCCUGUUGGCCAUAAUGCCUCCCCCUGGGGGUCCCUUGUCCUGCUAAUGGCCUCCUGUUUGCCCCAUUAGCCCCCCACAGAGAGAGGCCUUCGCACCCUGUUAGCAGGGCCAUCCAGGACUGCUUUGGGGGAGCCUUAUAAGCCCAAGGCAAGGGAGGAAGGAAGGAGACCCCACUUCAAGGAAGACCCUCUCUCUGCCUCUCUCUCUGUCUUGCCAUGGCCAGGCCUGCUCCUUGCUGCCUCUUCCUCUUCCUCUUGCAGACUGCCUUGGGGUCCGAAGCCCCCCAGUUCAUGCUGGACCUCUACCGAGCCGUGGCCGGGGAUGACGGGGUCACCAAGGGGCACGGCCUCCCCCAAGGAAACACCGUCCGCAGCUUCCUGGACAAGAACCACAGUGGCGCCCAGGGGCAGCUCCUCUUCCGCCUGUCCCGUGAGGCCAAGCAGGAACGGAUCUUGACCGCCGAGCUUCACCUCUUCAAGCUCCGUCCACAGACCCUGGACGGGCCUCGGAGGCAGCACUUCUGCCAGGUGAGUGUGUACCAGGUGCUGGACCUGGCGGGCACGGGCUCCCCUUCUGGGAAGAAGCUGCUCUACUCCCGCCUCCUCUCCUUACUGGGAUCCGGAUGGGAGGUCUUCUCCGUGACUCAAGCGGUGCAUGACUUGGCGUCGGAGGAGGACAACGGCCUGGGCCUGGUGGUGACCGUGGGCGGGCUGCCAGACCUUGGCUCUGAUCUUGGCCUUGACCCCGCCGUCCGUUUUGCUUCCGGGCGAGACCACCACUCCAGCAGGAAGCCCAUGUUGGUCCUCUUCGCCCAGGACGACAGCCCCGCCGCCCCGCUCCCCAGCAGGGUCUCCAGGGGGACAUUGGACUGA